AUGGUCGUCCUCAACUUCACACUGACACCCGAGGCGGCUUCGAAAAUACAUGAUUCUCUUGUGUGCCUCGGCAAGUUCAGCGAAACUGUCGCCAUCGAGGCGCGUCGAGAAAGAUUCACGUUCACCGCUCUCAACUCGUCGAAAUCUGCGUACUGCGCCGUGACUCUUGAUGGCAAGCUGUUCUUCAGCCACUACGAGUGCGUUCCGGAUGCUGGUGGCGCAGAUGGACGAUUCACGUGCAGCAUGUACACAAAGGCUCUACUCUCUGUCUUCAAAGCACGACUGUACGAUCCACUAGGCCGAGAUGGAGCAGUUGAACGUUGCGAGGUCAGCUUGCAAGAUAACGAGUCCUAUUGUAGGUUUAUCGUCAAGAUGGUCUGUAACCAAGGCGUUACGAAGACCUACGAAUUGACAUACGAAGCUGUGGAUGUCAUGCACGCGCUAUUUGACCGCAGUGUGGCACAGAAUAGAUGGAGCAUGCACUCUGGUGCUGUCAGAGAGUACAUCGAGUAUUUCGGCACGAAGACCGAACUGCUGGAUAUUUUCACUGGAGAGGAUGGACGCUGCGUCUUCAAAAGCUACACCGAGAAAAUCUCCGACGGCAAAGAGAUCUUGAAACACCCUCUUGUUACUGCAGUUGCCGUGAAUACUUCCGACUUCGAGGACUUCAGUGUUCAAGCAGGCUUGCAUAUCGUCAUCAGUGUCAAGGAUUUCAAAGCUAUCGUCCUGCACGCAGAUACCCUCAAGACCAGUCUUAAGGCUUACUACUCACAACCGACACGACCGCUGCAGUUCAGCUAUGGUCAUGACGGUCUUGUGGCAGAGUUUACCCUCAUGACAUCCGGCGACUACACAGGAGCUCCGCCUACGCCAACACCAGCACACCAACAAAGCAGACAAGCCUCGCAUGCCCCAUCAAUGGCCUCGGAGCGAACAGAUACGCGCAGCGCGCGCUCGGAGAUGCCGCCACCAGUGCAGCCAGUGUCACGCCGUGAUCAAAACGGCCGGCUGCGAAAUCCUGGCUCGCGCCAGCCAUCAUCGACACCCUCACAGUCGCAGGCUGCUCAACCGCAGGCAGAACCGGACGACGAUGAAAGCUUGUUUGUACCUCAUAACGAUGCAAGCAUGCAAGAGGAAGAAGAUGCUGCAUGGGCGCCGAUGGAUUACGACAAGGAAGAGACACUGGGCUGGGAUGCAAGCGCAGAGCACAACGCUGCAAGCUUUCCGACGUUCCGUGAUAGCGGUAGUACGUCGAGAACGACCACAACGGAUAGUAACACGGUAAUCGAGCCGACACAGCGGUUAUCGGAGAUUAAAGGUUUGUGGUAG